AUGUGCAAGUUCUUUCAUACUGCGACUGCCAGACAACGAUUCCAAUUCUUCCAGCACUUGCUAGUGUUCAUUCCUAUUAUCAUCUCAUAUGUCUUCCUGUUCCGCACUGCUCUGACUCUUCAGCAACAGAACUGGGCUACUCUGGUUCCAAGAGUAUUUCGUGCGCUCUGUCUGCCAUCCGACUGCAAUACUGACCUUCCUGCAUCAUCACUCACUGCUCCUGAUGAGUCUACUGGCAGUUGCGACCUGACUGUCUCACAGUUUAUUAGUCUGUUGAAUGUCAUGGGUGUUGGCUCAAGCAUGUCCGAUAGUGAGAUGACUCUACUUCAUACCAACUUGGAUGUCACUGGAAACAGCAGGGUUUCAUGGGGUGAAUUUGUCUAUCCUUUUAUGGGUGAUGGUCGAUGGGCUGUUGUGGUAUACAUUGACAGCUGGAGACAGGCUGCUUCCUCCGACUACAAUAUUGGGUUUGGACUGCAGAAACGACAAUUGAUUGCACCUUUUAUUCCUAGAUCCACAACUUGA